AUGGAGACGGAUGAUCAAAUGAAACUCGAACAAUCUAAACUUCCAGAACAGGGAAUCAUUCCAGGAUGCCUGUGGGGCACGUUCCUGUCCUUUGACAUCCAGCAUAGCCUUCGCCUCCGGAGGAUACUGGGAGAGAAGAGAAGCGCUAACGGGAGGCACGCUGGAGGUAAUAGCUGAUCCUUCUCUUCUCUAAAUUCUUUGAGCUUGCAUCCAUCAAUUGGAAUAAAUUUUUACUAGUUAAUUUGCGACCCAUAGCGUAGAACUCUUGCCCAAGCUCGAGAGUGCUUGAGAGAUUGCUCUGUCUCAUCCUUGGAAUUAAAACACGCAGAUUUAUGAAUUAUGAAAAAAAGUAACUGAGAAAAAAAUCGAUGCCAAUUCAUCCUUUAAUUUUUUGUUUAAGCUUCUCUGUUUUGACUGUUUUCUGUAGCAGGGCCCUCAACUGAUCACACGACGUGCUCAUGACGUCUUAUUCACGGGGUGUUUUUUAAGGAUAUUUCCCUUCAAUUUAAUAUGAGGCUCAAGUUUCGUACACCUUGUGGGGGCACUUUCUAUCCCGCAGGAACUCCGAUGAACAUUCCAUAUUUCACUAUCUCCACGGUUGUCAAUUAAGCAGUUAGAAGCAUUAUUCAUAUUAUUCUAUGUCAUGAACAUGAGAACACUCUCGUAUUCGUAUUUUGUUUUGACAAGAAGUCUGGUUAAAUUUCCAUCACAGGCAUCAAAGCCCCAAAAAUGAGGGUGAAUGUCCUUACAGAAGGUGAUGAGAAUGACAUUUUAAAAACAGAAGCAAACAUGGUGAGUUCAUUCGCCUUAAAACUCAUCUACUAUCCAUUAUUUUCUUUCAACAAUAUCAAAAUAUUUUUUCUUCCGAUUUUAACAAAAAAAUUGAAUUGGAAAAUAUUUUACUAAUUAAAGUAAAAUUAUCAUCACAGGAAUGGAUGUGAUCGAGUGAUUUUUUUGGCGUAAUCUGAAUAUGUAUAUUACGUAUUGAUGUUGCAUCCUGCGUGUUUUAGAAGUCUCAGGUGGAGGUCGGAACUGACUUAGGGGGCAAAGCAUCUGAUAAAAGUCGGAUGAGAAGAUUGAUUCCUCAGGAAAUAUAUAAGAAAUAUAGCAUGUUCAAGCAAAAGAGUCAGAAACAGGGACUUGAUCCCUCUGCCAGAAGGUUUACGCGUACCAUUUCUAUUCAUCACUUGGAAUGCGACGACUAUGUCCGUUCAGAUGAAAAGCCUCAUGAGAUUCAGAGUCAAGAGACAUCACUGGUUUUGCAUAACUCUGAUUCUUCUUCAAGCACAGUUUAUAUGACACCCUUCGAAAAAUCCUCUGACAAGACUAAUGAGGCUAAGCGAUGCGAGGCGUGUGGAACAAUGAGUGGUCCAAGAAAUAAUGAGGGACAUAGGAAGCUUGAUGUUCUUGGGCAUCAGUUACAGGAGAACCAAGCACUUCUUCGAGAAAAACUGCGAGAAGCAAAGGAUAGACUUCUAGAAAGGCAAAUCAGUGACAGGGAGCUUCAAGGAAAUAUCUUCGAAGCUCUAGAGUUACUAAAGACCAACAAGGAAUUGUAUCUACGAAUUCUUCAGGAACCAGGAAUGGCCACUUAUUCUGCGGUUCAAAAUGAUCUCAGGUCUGGGUUACCAUUGACGAAGUCGAGUUCCUUCCCCGGACCAGGAUUUUCAGCUGAAUUUGGCAGUCGUUUGAAGCUCAGAGAUGAAAUAAUUCCCUUGAAAAGUCACAAACGAAAGUCUCAGGCUGAAAAUAUUCAAUACGAAGGAAAUAUCGAUUCCGUCGAAGAUGAUGGAUCACCGAUCACGUGUGCCUGCAUGCAUGAUAUUUCUGAGGAAACUUCUACUUCAAGACUUUUAUCAAGCGUCAAUCAUGCAAAAAGUGAGAAAGACAAUGUUAGGGCUCUACAUCGAUUCAAGGACCUCAAACAGAGGAUAAAAGAUGUUGUAAAAGAGAACCGAAAGGAGAAACAUCGAAUUUCCUUGGAUGGGGUUCUCCAUAAGAUUCCCUAUGGUUCUGCUGCAUCUCAGGAGAUGAAAGGUGAGAAACCCUCCCUCUUGGACGGGCCGGAUGCAGACAGACUUUACGGUGACAGUUUGAGAAGUGUUGGACGUAAUGGAGACAGCUUUACUCGUAGGAAUUCUAUCGGCCACAUGAGAAGGUCCCAAUCUCUCACUGAAUCCUUGGAGAGAUACGCAUAUUUGCUGGAGUCAAACUUGAGCAGAGAACCAAAGCGGCAAAUGUCCGAGAAAUUAAAGUUGGUGCAUGAAGAGAGUGGUUUUCAAAUUAAAAAACCACAAAAAAACUUCGAAAGAAUUUCCUCGCUGCCCGAAUUCGAAUCAUAUUAUUUAAGUGAAGGUAACCAAAAGGAAGUUCCCCGCGAUUUUCUUCACUCGAGGUCAAUGUCACUGGAUCUUGCUCAGGGGAAUGCAACUAUGGAUAUCGAUGGAUCUUACUGUGCAGGUCCUGUUAGAAGUAUGUCAGUAGGUGACAUUUAUGAUGAAUCAAAUGAAUCAAAGACGGAGAAAAUUUUAAAUUCUCCCUAUGAUGAGGUGAUUGUGUCUCAGGUGGAAGGGAGUGAUACUGAAGCGAAACCAAGAUCAGUUUCUGCCAUCGACUCUUCCUUGCUUGAGCGUCGUCACAGUCCUGAGGAGCUUUCUUCCCUACAAGGUGAAUGCCUACCUGAUCUGAAACUCUCACGAAAUGGGCCGCCCCUUCUGUAACUUAAAUCUCAAAACCUUUCCCCAGUAUGCUUCAAAAUCAUAUAUAGUUUUCCCUCGAUGUCCAUAUAUUGAAUGUUCUGAUUAAGUUCUCCUUUACUAGAUUUUUUUCUUCGACAUUGUUAAAUUCCAGUGCUUGUACUAAUGAUUCUGCCUGAAUGGAGCAGGACUGGAGAUGAAACCUGAUCAGACCCAAUUUAGGGAGAUGGCUCCUUCAGACAGCUGCGAAAAAGAGUCUGCUGGCGAUGAGUCUAAUGUGUUGGAAGCAGAUGGGUCAGAUUAUAAUAAGGGGAAGAUUCCAGGUACGCAUCUCAAUUUUGAUGAACUCCAUGUUCAGGUGGAUGGCAAGCAUGAAGCUGAGUUUCUUUUUGUGGUGGAUAUGCUGAAAAAAUAUUGGUCUAAUGGUAUUGGGCCUUCUGAAACAAUUCACUCCCUUGAGCAGCAACUAACUCCCACGGUCUUUUCGGAAGUUGAGGGUUCAGUUCGUGAGCUCGAGUCUGACACCAUGUUCUCUGAGAUCAAUCUCGACCGUGAGCUCCUAACCGAUCUAACUCAUGAAGUCCUGGAAAAUUUUGAGAGUUCGUACGGCCUCUUCUCCUGGCUAUCGCAUGUCCGUUCUCCCGUGAAACCCAGCACCCUUGUGGCAAGCCAUGUCUUAGAUCAGGCAUGGGCAAACGUCAGCUGGCAUCUCAAGUACCGGCAAGAAGCAGACGAUACAUUGGAACACAUAGUAGACAGAGACUUCAGAAAGAACGAUGGAUGGAUGAAACUGAGUCCUGAGGUAGAGCAUGUGGGGAUAGAAUUGGAGGCACUCUUGUUAGAUGAUCUGGUGGAUGAAGCUCUCGUAGAGUUCCUGGCCCGAGAGGACAACCAGCAAUGUCCUAUUUCUAGUUGA